AUGGUGCAUCUGCUUUCACUUUCUGCAGAAGUGAAAGGCAGGCCAGUAAACCAUUCGGUUUCAGGCCCACCACCAAGUCCUGUAGACACGCAGCCUUUGAAUGUAAAGGAAAAGACGAGGGGUUUGGCUGCUGAUGAAGGUAAGCGAGGGUCGAAUGCGUCUCAGUAUGACAACGUUCUGGAAGCUGAGAAUGAGAAUCUUGUUGAAGAGAUGCUUGAGAGAGCUCCUCAUACAGAGCCUGGGGCACGUAGCAUAUUCACCAGCUCCAUUAAAAAUACCCAAUUACACCUUCACUUCACAACCCAGAUCUCCAAAAUACUCCUCGCAAUCCGAUGGACCACCUCACGGACUGAACUAGAACAGCCACUGCCACAUUACAGGAAUCCGCCUCCUUACCAUGGCAAUUCUCGAACGCGUGUUUCCAGUAUAGGCAAUAGGAGUUCUGUUCCUCUACAUUACCAUGGGAGUCAAACCAGCCCUUCUGGGAGGCCAUAUGGUUCUUUUAUUUCAGUAGAUUAUUCUCCAGAUUCAACUUACAAAUGAAUUCCUAUCCUGAGUCACCAAAAUCCUCUUUCAACAACCCCUGCGCAGAUAGAAGUAGCCCCUGUUGAUGCUUCUACCAGCAACUCGAGAUCCCCCCCAGCUGUCAAAUUCAUAACCCCUCCAGAGGAUUAUUUACCAGAAGAUAGAAAGUGGCCAGAGGCCGCUUAUAUUUACAGACAUGAGCCCUACAGGCAGCCCUGGAGCCGAGAUGUUAACAAAGGCCACUUGGAAGGUUUCCAGGUAUAUCAGCAUUUUCAGUCAAUGGAUUUUCAAGGCAAUACUGUUCAUCCUGUUUCUGUGAAUAGUCCAGUAAGAUACAGGACUUCACCACCCUUUGAAGACCAUGGCUCACCAUAGCACCGAUAUUCAAGCCCAUCUGCACAAGCCCAACACUCUCAAAAUAGAAAGGAUGGGUUGUCUGUGCGUGAAUCUGUGCCUCUCUGGGAAUCUUAACUGUACUCAAUAAACAGGCAAAACCCAAACGCAAUCAAACAUUACUGUGUU